CUGACCACGCCCACCACCGGGCGCGGCCGUGACGUCACGCCCCGCGCGCCUGCCGCCCCCUGGCGGCGCGCGCUGUGACGUGGCGCUUCCGGCGCGGGCGGCGGCGGCGGGAGGCGCUCGGGGAUGGCCUGACCCUGCCCCGCUGCGCACCGAGGCGCUGCGGGACCCUCGGGACCCUCCGGGACCCUGCGGAGCCGCGGCCGGGCCCGGUGCGGUGAGCGCAGCGCUGCCGGUUCGGCGUCCCGGGAGCGCGGAGGAGGAGAGCCCGCCGCGAGGAGCCGCCGGCCCGCGGGCACCGCUGCGAGCCCGACGGCGGCACCGGGGGUGGCGGAGAUGGAGCCCCCGGCCGCCCCGCUCAUCCCGGGGGUCGGGGACGAGGUGACGCUGCUGGCCGGGCUGGCCGCGCUGGCGCUGGCGCUGGUGCUGGCCUGGCUCUCCACGUACGUGGCGGACGGCGGCAGCCCCGGCCCGCUGCUGGGCCCCGGGGACGCGGCCGUCAUCCGCCUCGGGCCGCCCGCCGAGCCCGCGGAGCCGCCCGGGCCCCCCGAGGGCGCGGAGGAGAAAGCGGAGGAGGAGCGGGGGGCGGACGGCGGGACCCCCGGGCCCGGCCCGGAGCAGCGGCCGGAGGCGCGGGGCUCGCCCCGGGAGCCCGCCGAGCCCGGUGCCGCCGCGGCGGCGGGGGACGCUUCCCCCGGCCUCAUCACGAUCCGCCUCAAGUUCCUCAACGACACCGAGGAGGUGGCGGUGGCGCGGCCCGAGGACACCGUGGGGAUCCUCAAGAGCAAAUACUUCCCGGGCCAGGAGAGCCAGACGAAGCUCAUCUACCGCGGGCAGCUGCUGCAGGACCAGGCGCGCACGCUGCGCUCGCUCCGCAUCACCGACAACUGUGUCAUCCACUGCCACCGCUGCCGGGGGCCCGCCGCGGCCGCCCCCGCCCUGCCCGAGCCCGGCCCCGCCGCCCCGGGGCUGCCGCUGGCCGGGGGCACGCUGAUGGUGCCCACGGUGAUGGUGGUGCUGGCGCUGGGCUGGUAUUUCCGCAUCAACUACCGGCAGCUCUUCACGGCCCCGGCCACCGUGUCGCUGAUCGGUGUCACCGUGCUCGUCACCUUCCUGGCCUUCGGCGUGUACGGGCACGCGGGCUGAGGCACGGCGGGGUGCCCGUGCCAGCCUCGCUGCCGGACUUUGCCCCCCAAAAAGGGGCUGUGCCCCCCGGAGCUGCGCUGCCCCUGCCCGGCUGUGGGGAGUGGGGCAGCGAGGGAAGGGGUCGUGGCUUCUCCCCAAGGACUUUUUAAUGCCAAUAAAGGGUGUCGGGUCA